AAACCAAGCUUUGAUCUGGGUUUUUUUUGCUUUUGCAGCAAUGGAGAAUCAACAACACCCAAACCCUGUUCUGUUCUUGUUUUGUUCAUAACCCUGUCUUCUCACUCUGUUUCGUCUCUCGAUUUCGUCUUCAAUGGCUUCAAUUCUACUAAUCUUUUACUCUACGGUAUUGCUCGAAUAGAUUCCGGAAUUCUUACACUCACCAACGAAACAUCUUUUGCUGUCGGUCGAGCUCUUUACAGAUCGAAAAUCCCAACAAAGACCCCGAAAUCUUCUCAUGUUCUUCCUUUCUCCACUUCCUUCAUCUUCUCCAUGGCUCCUUCGAGGAACAAAGAUACACUUCCAGGACACGGCAUCGUUUUCAUCUUCACACCCAGUACUGGCAUCAAUGGAACCAGCUCAUCGCAACAUCUAGGCCUUUUCAAUCUUACAAACAACGGCGACCCGACCAAUCAUGUCUUCGGUGUCGAAUUCGAUGUCUUUGCUAACCAAGAAUUCGAUGACAUAGACGAUAACCAUGUUGGGAUCGACAUUAACUCCCUCAAGUCAACAAGCCCCUACACCGCUGGUUACUGGCCCGACAAGGUAAACAGUGAUUUCGAGAAACUGAAGCUUAAUAAUGGUAAGAAUUACCAAGUUUGGAUUGACUAUGCAGAUUCUGUUGUUAAUGUUACUAUGGCACCUGUUGGGGUAAAAAGGCCUAAGCGGCCAUUGUUGAAUGUUUCUUUGGAUUUGUCUGAUGUUUUUGAGGAUGAAAUGUAUGUUGGAUUCACAGCAUCAACUGGGAGGUUGGUCGAAAGUCAUAGAAUUUUGUCUUGGAGUUUCAGUAAUUCGAAUUUCGGAUUGAGUGAAAGAUUGGUCACCACCGGUUUACCGUCGUUUACUAUCCCGAAAACUCCUAUUCAUAAGCGUAGACCGUUUAUCGCAGGCGUAACGGUAGCGAGUUUGAUCGUCGGUGUUUCAGUUGCUUUGCUUUCGCUGUUUUUGAUUAGGAGGGAAAGGAGGAAAGCACAGGAAAGAGCUGAAAUGGAAGAUUGGGAAUUCGAGUAUUGGCCUCAUAAAAUGAGUUAUCAAGAAAUCGAUGCGGCAACCAAGGGAUUUUCGGACGAAAACGUGAUCGGAUUCGGCGGGAAUGGAAAGGUUUACAAGGGAGUUUUACCAGGCGGAACCAAGGUUGCGGUGAAGCGCAUUUCGCAUGAAAAUGACGGAAUGGGAGAGUUCUUGGCUGAGAUUUCGAGCCUCGGCCGGUUAAAACACCGGAGCAUCGUCGGUUUGAAAGGUUGGUGCAAGAAAGAGAAAGGGACAUUCAUGUUGAUAUAUGAUUACAUGGAAAACGGAAGCUUGGAUAAGAGGGUUUAUCAUGACUGUGAUGAAACAAAGAUUUUGAAUUGCGAGGAAAGAAUCAGAAUCUUGAAAGAUGUAGCCUCGGCUUUAUUGUAUUUACACGAGGGAUGGGAAUCCAAGGUCCUGCAUAGGGAUAUCAAGGCCAGCAACGUAUUGCUCGAUAAGGAUAUGAACGGAAGGUUAGGCGAUUUCGGGUUAGCUCGAAUGCAUGGCCACAGUCAAGUGGCUACCACCACUCGUGUGGUUGGAACCGUGGGUUACUUGGCUCCCGAGGUGGUUAGGAGCGGACGAGCUUCGACACAAACUGAUGUGUUCGGUUUUGGGGUCUUAAUUUUAGAGGUCAUGUGUGGGAGAAGGCCUAUAGAGGAUGGGAAGCCACCUUUGGUUGAUUGGGUAUGGCAGUUGAUGAUGCAAGGCGAACUACUUGCCACAGUCGACGCACGGAUAAAGGCUAACGAAGGAUUCAGCGAGGAGGAGGUAACGAAAGUGCUGCAUUUAGGGUUGCUUUGCUCGUAUCCGAAUCCAGAUUCCAGACCAACAAUGAGGCAGGUAGUCAUUGCCUUGGAAGGGAAUAACGAACCAUUCGAAAUGGAAACCGAAGAUAUGGAAGCAUAUUUGUUAUCAAAGGUGAAGUCUAGGGAUAUGUGGGCUAAUUACUCUCGAAGCUCCGGGAACGCGUCGCACCCGACACUCGACGAUAUCCGACAGUCACAUUCGUCUUCCAUGUCUCUGUCAUGGAACAGUGCCAUAGUGGAAGGUAGAUGAUGCAUGUUGAGGAAGGGUUGUAAGAUUAAAGAGCAUCAAUCGUUUGUAGUUUUUUUUUUAACUAUUAAACUUUUUUUUUUUCAUUCUUUCACGUUAGUGUUAUGAAAGAGCCUUUUUGGUU